GGGUGAAGGCGACAAAGAUAAGGUAGUAACGUUGAAGAAACAAUGGUAGUUCGAUUAGAGACACCAGUGAAUGUUCCUCGCCAACAGAGAGAUCCUUACAUGAUGCAUGUUAAAAAUGGUGACUUGAAAUGGUUAUAAACUGCACAGCGCAAACAAAGAAAAUCUGAGAAAAUAAGCAUCAUUGAGUGCGGUUUAAGGUUUUUUGGGACUCCGGUAUUUUACAGCAGAGACAUUACAAGUAAUCCUGUCGAUGAAUGUUCCGCUCUCAAGCCCCGGAGCCUGUGUAGGGAUGUGAUUUGGAUUAGGAUUCAAGGAGUGGGCUGUUUUUUUAAUUUAUUUAUCUUUUUGUAUGAUGUCGUCGCCCCCCCCCUCCCCCUAUUUGGUGGAUGCCAGAUGCAGCGAGAGGCUAGAGAGGCUCAGAAUCAGUCAUGAUGUUUCGUAUGCAGAGGAUGUAAAACAGAUUGGUGGGACUUCAGUGCGGAAUGAUGGCGCUUCCAAGGCUGCUCCUGUACUACAGUAAGUGGACUUUGUCAGGGCUGGUGUUUCUGCUGGUCCUGGCAUGUUUGAGACCUGUUCAGAAAUGUUGUGCUCAUGAAUGUGCUCUGUCAACGGACAUUUUGACAGUGAAAGCAGAAAUGCCAGGUUGAAUGUUAUUGUGGAUAUGGCAAAAUAGUUAUUGUGGUUAACAGAUGUUUCUGUUGAAAUGGUUGUAGACAUGCUGAAUAAUUCUACGGGUGGAUUGUUUCAGCAUGACAUAGAUACAGUUUAAUGGGUUGGGGGGGCUUGGGAGGGUUAGUAGGCCAUUUACUCCCCCCAGUCAUUUUUUGUUAGUAGUGCAGAAUUCGGUAGACCAUGAUUGAUCGCACGCUCCAGCACAGUAGGUGGCGGCAUGCACCUUAAACGUUUGUUUGCGGACCGCCAUGAUAUCAUAGAAGACUAAGACGAACGGAAGUGAACUGUGACCAAGAACAAUUUCCACGUUAGCGUUUUUAUUGUUAAUAUUUAGAUGUGUAUUACCACCCUGGAACUCAAAAUAUGACUUAACUGGACAGCAUCACAUACUUAACCCAUGUAGUUUUUAAUUCGCGUUGGAAACCGGACUUGGUUGAUAGAUGUUAUCUAGAUAACGCUAGCUAGCUGCUAACAAUGGCUAACUCUAACGGUAUGGUUUUUCACACUCAAAUAGCCUCCAUCAUGGAGGUGCUAGCGAAUGCAGCCGUGGCAGAGAUCUGUAAACUCGUAGACGAUGACUAUGCAGUGUUUCGUUUGGAAAUAACUCAAAGCCAGAAAGAAAACAGGGCAUUGCGGAAGAAACUACUGGAACUGAAGGUGGCACGGGAACGCGCAGAGAGGGCAAUACGAGAGCGCGUCCUCACCAAUCGUCCCAGUAGUGUCAAGAUCCUCGACCGAUACAGAGGAAUGGCAAGAGGUGAAGGACAUCUCACUGGAGGCCACAGGAGCUUUGUGAAGCCAGCUGGACACAAUACAUGGAGAGAUGACCAACCAAUCACUAUUGAUGAGGGGAGUGGAACCUCAACCCAGCACGUUAUCGUGAUAGAGUCUGCAGUUGCAGAGGCUGCAGGUCCUGGGGUCAAGCAGGAGAGGUCUGAAGGAGAGGAGGACCCAUGGCACAGUAGAGACAUCCAGACUAGAGUAGCUGGAGCGCCCCCUGUAGCCACAGAUGACCCCACCACUGCCCCAGCACAGCCCAGGACCCGAUGCAGCAUCACGGAGGUCAGUGGAAUGCCGAACGCCGUCCUCAAGUCAGAGACAGACACCAAGACUUUAACUGUACACACAGGAUCUGACCACAGGUCAGACCCAGAGACACUGGGACUGAGGAGACUGGGCUGUCCUCCAGUUCCCGGCUCAGAAUAUUUACCGGUAUUUCACCAAAUCCAGAAGGUGGUUAAUUCCCGUGGAGAUGGUGAUUGUGACACGUUAGACACAGAAGUUGAUGAUCCGUCUUGUUCUUACGCUACAGAGAUGGACCCUGGCAACAUGCCCUUGGGUUUAAAGAGACAGACUGAUCAGUCGAAAUGGGACUGGAACCAGUACAGUAGUACUGCAUGCUCUGAAGGGUGCUUAGAUAAGAAAGGGGAGGUUAUAGUGGUAGAUGAAGUGACUGUGAAAGUGGAGGGGGAUGUUCCACCCACAUGGAAUGCAGUUAUUCACCAAGGAGAUGGACACUCACAGGGCAGAGAUUUCUUAGAUUACAGGGAAAGCUUAGAGACAAAUCCAAAUGUCACAACCCACUCCCCUGUACACGCACUCAGGGAUUGCGACCUAGUGUCCACGUCGAUGAGACCUUCCGAUUCACAAGGCCACAUCCUUUUCGAUCAGGUAUUGAACUCAAACGACAGGGCUAGAGCCCAGGCUCAGGGAGGGGGAGCCACAUCAGGCAAUAUUAAAGAGAAACGGUUCCUCUGCAUGUUCUGUCACAAAGGAUUCAGCUGCCUCCAGAAGGUGGAGAUCCACCAGAGGGUCCACACAGGGGAGAAACCCUUCAGCUGUACCCAAUGUGAGAAGAGGUUCUCCCGCCAGGACCACCUGAAAAGGCACCAGAGGGUCCACACAGGGGAGAAACCGUUCAGCUGUACCCAGUGCCACAUGCGCUUCGCUCAGGCUGGUCACCUGAAGAUGCACCUGAAGGUCCACACAGGAGAAAGGCAGUUUGCCUGUACUCACUGCGGGAAGAGGUUCACAGAGAGGAGCUACCUCAGGAUACACCAGCAGAAAAAACAUUCCACUCUAUAAAAUAGAAAGUUACCCUGCAUUAAAGACGAAGAUUCAUUUUCAUUGUUGUCAGCAUAAAUUUGGAAUAAUAAGAGUAACACAUUAUAGUGUUGAAUAUUCCUGGGUCGAAUAUUUCAUCCAGACAUGUUAUUUAUAUAUAUAUACUGCUCAAAAAAAUAAAGGGAACACUUAAACAACACAAUGUAACUCCAAGUCAAUCACACUUCUGUGAAAUCAAACUGUCCACUUAGGAAGCAACACUGAUUGACAAUAAAUUUCACAUGCUGUUGUUGAAAUGGAAUAGACAAAAGGUGGAAAUUAAAGGCAAUUAGCAAGACACCCUCAAUAAAGGAGUGAUUCUGCAGGUGGUGACCACAGACCACUUCUCAGUUCCUAUGCUUCCUGGCUGAUGUUUUGGUCACUUUUGAAUGCUGGCGGUGCUCUCACUCAAGUGGUAGCAUGAGACGGAGUCUACAACCCACACAAGUGGCUCAGGUAGUGCAGCUCAUCCAGGAUGGCACAUCAAUGCGAGCUGUGGCAAGAAGGUUUGCUGUGUCUGUCAGCGUAGUGUCCAGAGCAUGGAGGCGCUACCAGGAGACAGGCCAGUACAUCAGGAGACGUGGAGGAGGCCGUAGGAGGGCAACAACCCAGCAGCAGGACCGCUACCUCCGCCUUUGAGCAGGAGGAGCUCUGCCAGAGCCCUGCAAAAUGACCUCCAGCAGGCCACAAAUGUGCAUGUGUCAGCAUAUGGUCUCACAAGGGCUCUGAGGAUCUCAUCUCGGUACCUAAUGGCAGUCAGGCUACCUCUGGCGAGCACAUGGAGGGCUGUGCGGCCCCACAAAGAAAUACCACCCCACACCAUGACUGAUAUGAUACCAUGAUAUAUAUAUAUAUAAGCCUAAAAAGUCUGUUUCAAAUUGUUUGUGCUAUGUAGGCUAUAUGGUGUUCAAAUUUUCGCAAGAAAUAUGUUUUCAAUUCAUCAAGUUUUGUUGAGACGUGUAUGUGUGGUUUUCAUAUGGUGUAUUUAACACUUGUUUGUUUAAUAAACACAAAAUGGGACUUUUCA